AUGAAUCGGCAAACGUCUCUUCCAGAACAACGACAACUACUCAUACGAGUAUCUGACUCGAACUAUGAUGAGAACACAAAGCUAGUCGUCACCACAUUCUAUACAUCUUCCGAAGAUGCCAACAAUAACAAUGCCACGUCAUCAUAUCAUAACAUAUCCACACACUUUGUAAAUAUCACUCCGGACGACGUCUGCAAAUUCUUCGACGAGAAUCCGACGCAGUCGAUUAUCUUCGCAAAAGGCGCCGAGCCGAUUCGCCAUGUCUUGAUUCCAUUGUUCGUGAGCAAUGAGAGAUAUGUACCACAUCAGAUUCAUCAGUAUUAUGAUAUUCAACAUUUGUAUUAUAAAGGAGGAGUUGAGGACGAGAAUCAGAUGGAAGAAGAAGAUGUUGAUGUGGCAGCAGAGGAUGACGUGGCAAUUGCAAGAGCGAUUAUGGAGAUGAGUGAAGAGACGCAGUGUGUCUCGUCGUCUGGCGUCUCUAGCCUCCUAAUAUUUGAAUCGCUGUAUUUCGGCUCGCAGAUUUGGGUUCAACUUUCUAAAAAAAUCCGUAAGGAAUCUUUUUCACCCCCCCCCCCCCCACCCUUGGCUUGCCUACAUGGUCACCCAUCACCAUAUAUACCUGUGGCUCUGUGUCAGCCGCCCUCUAUGGGGGUAAAAGAACUCCCACUAGACGGAAUGGCGUCAAUUUUUUCAAAUUAUCAGCCAAGGAAAAAAAUUCGAGCAAAAUUUAUUUUAUCGAUUUUUAGACCCAAUUUUUGGUCGGUUCUGAACAAAAAAGCCAAUGGGAAAAUAAGAAAAAAACCAUUUUUAUGCUCCUCCGCCGAAGCAAUGGAUUUCGUGAGCGCCAACGCGGUGAUUGUCAGAAUGCGUGGACUACCGUACGACUGUACGGAUACGCAGAUUCGAGCCUUCUUCGAGCCGCUCAAAUUGACCGAGAAGAUCCUGUUCAUCACGAGAACCGACGGGCGUCCCACUGGGAACUGUGACGCCUUCGUGCAAUUCGAAACUGAGGAAGACGCCCAACAGGGUCUCUUGAAGCAUCGUCAAGUCAUCGGUCAACGUUACAUCGAGCUGUUCAAAAGUACCGCAGCCGAAGUUCAACAAGUCGUCAAACGCUGUAAUCUCAUCAACAGCGCCCCGGUAGUCGCCAAUGCCGUCGAGGUUUCAGAUGAGAAGAAGAAAGACUGCGUUCGUCUUCGAGGACUUCCCUAUGAGGCUACGGUCCAGCACAUUGUCAACUUCCUUGGCGACUUUGCCAACAUGGUCAAAUUCCAAGGUGUCCAUAUGGUCUACAACAACCAGGGCAACCCAUCGGGCGAGGCGUUCAUCCAAAUGAUUUCCGAACAAGCGGCAGCGGCAACCGCCUCAGGCGUUCAUAACAACUUCAUGUGUGUCGGAAAGAAGAAGCGAUACAUUGAAGUGUUCCAAUCGUCUGCUGAGGAGCUGAACCUUCAGCAUCUAGUGCACCAACAACAACAACCACAAGCCGCGCCACAGGCUCUCGGAUUCCUCGCACACCUUCCGCCACCGGCUCCAGGAGCACAACAAAUCUGGACCAGCUAUCCGUCGCCACCGAUUUCGCCGAUUUUGCCAGGACAGGUCACUCAAUUGAUCAUUUAUGGGAUUCAUUUGAGCAUCGGGGUGCCAGAGUUGGUUGCCAACUUCACUACACCAGAUCAUACUGUGGAAAAUUCGUUUGAAGUUCAGGAGGUGAUGUUCACUCGCUGGCCAACGCACUUGUGUCCAGGAGAGGCUAUCCUCACACUUCGCAGUCGCGCGGUCCCAACUCAAACUGCUCAAACGUCUCCACUCUCUCAAAUCUCCCAAAUUUCCGCCUAUUCCCACCAUCACCAUCCAACUGGACUCCCACCAAACUUUCCACUUCAACCAAUCUUGAUGGAAUAA